AUGAUUACAGACGACGAAUAUGAUUAUUUAUUCAAAUUGGUAUUGAUUGGUGACUCAGGCGUAGGCAAAUCCAAUCUAUUAUCGAGAUUUACAUCGAAUGAGUUUAACUUGGAAUCAAAAAGUACUAUUGGUGUUGAAUUUGCAACCAAGAACCUUGAAAUAGAUAAUCAUACAGUGAAAGCACAAAUUUGGGAUACUAGUGGACAGGAGAGAUACAGAGCCAUUACUGGAGCUUACUAUCGAGGCGCUGUCGGUGCCCUUUUGGUUUAUGAUAUUACUCGCCAAUCUUCGUUUCAAAACGUUCAACAUUGGCUUAAAGAAUUAAGGGACCAUGCUGAUCCCAAUAUUGUGAUCAUGUUGGUUGGUAACAAAUUGGAUCUUAGUGAAACGAGUCGUCAAGUAUCAACUGAGGAUGGUGGAUCAUUAGCUGAACAAGAAGGAUUCCUGUUCAUAGAAACAUCCGCUUUAGAUGCUACUAAUGUCGACAAAGCAUUUCAAUCGAUCUUUGAUACAAUUUACAGUAACCUACCAAAAAAGCAAGCCAAUAAUGGGGCAGAGGGAGCAGAGGCAGGAGACGCUAAACCAACGCAAGGUGAAAGAAUUCAAUUGAGACCACCCAGUAUUCGUGGAACUCGCGGUAGUUUUGAUAGUCAACGAAGCAUGAGUGGCAAUAACUCAUCAACAGGAAAUAAGGGUGGAUGUUGUUAA